UUAAAAAAAAAAAAAAAAAAAGAAGAAAAGAAGAAAGAAAAGACAGAAAAAGAAUAAAGACAAAAAUGGCAAUAAAUUUCAAUGAAAGAUAAUUCAAAUGGAAUUAUAAAAACUUUUAUACGAGGGUUGUGAAACAAAGGGAUGUCCUACGGUGGUGAACCGAAGCGACGCAUAUAACAACUUUUCAAACGGAGUUUACCAGGGAGGACGAUCGACUUUUUUGCCAUCAGUUUAUCGUGAACCUUCGAAAGUAUAAAAUGGGAAAGGACAGCAUUGAAGAAAUAGGAAUGACCAACAUCUUGAAAUCAUUCAAUUGGAACACAAGGCUCUUAAAAUGUGUAGGAAUUUGGCCAUUGGAGAACAACGAUCUAAUUUUUUUCUUCUUCUUCAUAUAUCUUUCAAUUCACUGUUCUUUAACAUUCGCACAUUUAAUUUACGCUCCAAAAACCAUCGACAUUGUUAUAUGUAACAUAGCGGAGAAUAUUAUGCUAACGAUGACGCUAACGAAGAUAACAAUCAUUAGAAUCAACAAAGAAUCAUUGGGUAAAUUGUUGAUGGAAAUAAAAGAGUUUACACUUUCUGAGAAAUACAAUAGUAUAGAGCAAAAAGUGAUAUUACUGAAGUAUACUAAAUUACCGCCACGUUUUAUACUAACAGCGGUUAUUUUAAUGACAAUAUCUGCUUCAUUGUAUUAUGUGAAUGGAGUUAACAUUGGAGUACAAAUUGCAAAACAAAACAAUUCCAUGGGUUAUCAGUUGCCAUACAAAACAUUACAAAUUAUCGAUUUACGGGACAGCAGGAUUUACGCUUUAAUUUGUGCUUAUCAAACAAUGGUCGUACCUUCUAUAGUUUUUGGUUACGUAGGAAUCGAUUGCAUAUUCGUCAAUUUGUCCGUUCUAGUAAUCGCACAAUUCGCCAUAUUGUCCGAUAAGGUGAAUGAAGCGUUAAAUAAUUCGGAAAAUUGUCAUGAUGGUAUUAAGGAACUUGUAUUACGACAUUAUCAUUUGAUAAGAUUGGCGGAAAAAUUGGAGGAUAACUUUAAUAUCGUGAUCAUGCAACAAUUGUUGGGUACCAUCAUCCAUCUUUGUAUUUCCGGUUAUCAUCUACUGAUGAGUAAAGAAUCGAAAGAUAGUUUAACAUUGAUCCUGUUCAUAUUGUACGGCUUUUGCGUGAUGGGCACACUUUUUAUUUACUGUUUCAUCGGUGAAUGUCUUAUUCAAGAAAGUAUCAAUUUUGGUAAUGCCAUUUACAAUUACGACUGGUAUAACUUAUCGUCGAUGGAAUCCAAAUUUUUUCUUAUUUGUAUGAUACGAACCAAGAAGCCGCUAUAUUUAACUUCUGGUAAAUUUGUCAUCUUGUCCUUGACCAUUUUCACAGAUAUCGUCAAAUCUUCGAUGGGAUACUUAUCGGUACUACGUACGUUUUUAUGAAAUGGACAAAAGUGAGAUGUAGUAACAAUUC